GUGACUUCUAAGCGUGGCUGUGCCUGCUUUGCCUGUCGAAAUCGUCUCUGUAGUUUAUCUCCAGUAAUUUGAUCUUCAGCGGUGCUCUCCAUAUUCUCACCCCCAUGUCCUACUUCCUUCCACACUUGCCCAGCGGUUGGCAUGUCGACGAAGCCAUCAAGUCUGAAGAGGACCGUGUUGUUGUGAUUCGCUUUGGCCACGACUGGGACCAUCAAUGCAUGACGAUGGACGAGACCCUCUACUCUGUCGCAGAGAAAGUGCAGAACUUUGCAGUCAUCUACCUCGUAGAUAUUACCGAGGUCCCGGACUUCAACAAGAUGUACGAGUUGUAUGAUCCGUGCACCGUCAUGUUCUUCUAUCGUAAUAAACAUAUCAUGAUUGAUCUCGGAACUGGUAACAACAACAAGAUAAACUGGGCAAUGAAUCACAAACAAGAGCUGAUUGACAUCAUUGAAACUGUUUACCGUGGAGCCUCCAAGGGCCGUGGUCUUGUCGUAUCACCGAAAGAUUAUUCCACCCGUUACAGGUAUUAGACUUAUCUCCGCGCCUCUCUCAAUCUUCUACCUUGCAAUUGUACCAAAUUAUGUAUAGCAACAAAUGUGAUGCAUGUCUGUGUGUUUCCUACUUUUUACUGUUAUCGAAUGUUCAAGAGUAACCCCAUUAAUGUUGUUUUUUCCUCGACUAUCGCUACAAGAGAAGAAAUUCCGUCAUAACGCCUCAUCACGCAACACGUAUUCAGGGAUCAGCCUGUGGUACGGGGUGCCGUUUCUUCCAUAUGCAGCAAUUGGUGGUUGCAGGGCAAGACGCAACUUGAAAGACCACAUCAAGCAUUGCCCGAGUGCAUCCUGAUCAAAUGCAGCACUAGUAUGACUGCGCAGCUUGAUCUACAGACAUCAAUAAUACAAAAGCAUUUGGUAUGUACGCC